UCUUGUAAUUUUGUAAACAACGUCGUCGUCUCGUCGAUUGCUGUGCAAGUUUCUUUGAUAUCGCGAGAUUUAAAAUAACAAACAUAAUAUUUCUUUGUAGGUUUAGUACUUGAUAUGUAUUUAACAAACUAAUGGUUUCAUAUUGUCUAGAGUUUGUACAUUAUUUGCUAAUUUGUGUAGUCUUACUUCAAUGGCUAUGUAUAUGAACAAUAACUUUCUCCCUGCAGGAAAGUAUAUGAGGAAAGACUCGACUAAAUUAAAGAAAUCAUGAUAAAAAUAUAAAAUCCAAUUACUUUUUAUCAUAAUACUGAUGGCUUUGUGGUGAUCUUAAAGAGGCUUUAUCAGACAACUAUUUAAUUUAAUUACAAUGCUGGUUGUUGGCCUGAGAGUUGUUAGAGGACCUGAUUGGGCAUGGGACAAUCAAGAUAGAGGGGAAGGUCAUGUUGGAACAGUUGUAGAAGUUGGUAAACCAGGAUCUAAAGUGUCCCAAACUGUGUUUGUUCAAUGGGAUAGUGGAGAUAAAACAAAUUACAGAGCUGGAUACAAAGGAGCUUACGACCUGAGGGUGUUUGAUAAUGCACCAGCUGGUGUUAAACAUGCUAGUAUUAUCUGCGAUGGAUGUAAAAUUCAAGGAAUCGCUGGCAUUCGGUACAAAUGUACUCGAUGUUAUGACUAUGACCUGUGUGGACCUUGUUACCAUAUGGACAAACAUGACCUCAACCAUAUCUUUCAAAGAUUUGAGACUGCCAAUGCAAUUGGAGUCGAAAUGGUUGCUCGAAAAGGAAGCAAGAAAGUCCAGUGUAAGGGUAUCUUCAUCGGAGCGAAGGUGAUCCGAGGCACAGACUGGGAGUGGGCUGAUCAGGACGGCGGCCCCGGACAUACAGGGAGGGUUGUGGACAUCAAAGGGUGGGACAACGAAACCAGCCGCUCCGUCGCCAAGAUCACCUGGUCGUCUGGUAACAACAACGUGUACAGAAUCGGACACAACGGCCGGGUGGACCUCAAGUAUGUGGAGGAGGGUGUCGGAGGUUUCUACUAUCCAGACCAUCUUCCCGUUUUAGGUCAUCCGGUGGAGGUCUCCACAUCUCAAGCUGAUAGUGGAGACACUGCCCCCAGACACCUGACGUUCAAAGUGGGCGACAGAGUCAAGGUACUCAUGGAGGUGGAAACACUGAAGGUUAUGCAGAAGGAUCACGGCGGCUGGAACGACCGGAUGACUGAGUACAUAGGCAAGGUGGGAGUAGUACAUCGAGUGACAGACCGAGGUGAUAUCCGAGUUACUUACGAGGGAUGCAACAACCGCUGGACAUUCAACCCGUCUGCACUCACCAAGAUUGACGCUUACGCUGUCGGUGACCUUGUGAAGGUCAUUACAGAUCCUGACAAGGUCAAGGACUAUCAGAAAGGUCACGGAGAGUGGAUAGAAGUCAUGAGAAGUGCUCUAGGUAAGGUUGGUACUGUGAUUAAGAUAUAUUCUGAUGGUGAUCUGAGAGUAAGCGUGAACGACCACACGUGGACAUUGAACCCUCUCUGCGUAGAACAGAUAGCCGAGGACAAUCCUGCACCUUCUGUCAAUCUAACUGACAGCCUCCCUGCAUGUGACCAGGAUGCCAGUCUUGCCAACAUGGUAGAAACUCAGCUGGAAAUUUCCAAUGUAGACAGACUGGUGAGGGAAGCAGCUCAGGGCCAUAUAGAUGCGAUACGAACGUUCAUCACCGAACAUCCGGACCAGAUUGACGCCCAAAGUCAUGGCAAGACGUUCCUAUUGGUCGCUAGUCAUCAGGGCCAUAUGGAGUUGGUCUGUUACCUGCUCAACAACAACGCCUCUAUACAGCUGACAGACGACGAGGGAGACACUGCGCUUCACUACGCUGCCUUCGGCAACCAGUCGAGUAUCAUGGAGGUGCUGCUGGAGAGAGGCGCAGACGUGAACGCAGUCAACAAGAGCCAUUGUUCUCCCCUCCACGUAGCCGCCAACAAACAGUUCAUACACUGCGUCCGGGUAUUGCUGAAACACAAGGCUAAUGUCAACGUACAGGAUUCUUACGGAGACACAGCCUUGCAUGAUGCCAUUGGAAAGGAGUCCCAGGACAUCGUGGAAAUGCUGUGCAGUGUUCACGGCAUCGACUUCACCGUCCGCAACAAACGCGGCUUCAACAUCCUACAUCACGCGGCACUCAAGGGCAAUAGCUUUGCAACUGAAAAGAUCUUGGCUAAAGCGCGCCACCUGGUGAAUGUUAAGAAAGAUGAUGGGUUUGCGGCUUUACACCUGGCUUGUCUCAACGGUCACCGAGCAGUGGUGGAGACACUAGCGCUGCAGGGUGGUGCAGACACCAACCUUCCCAACAUCAAGAAACAAACACCUUUACUGUUGGCAGUGUCACAGGGUCACUGUUCUGUGGUGGAGAUGCUGGUUGGUCAACUCAAGGUCGAUCUGAACGCUGUGGAUGAGGAGGAAGACACAGCGUUGCACGUGGUGCUGCACAAACGCACAUCUAUCCACACGGAGAUCAAUGAAAAUGAGGCGCCUUCCAUCUACGGGAUAUGGGCGGAGUUGAUGAGUCAGUGCGACUUCCCUGUGGCUGUAGCUAUUGCCUGCUACCUGGUACAAGAGGGCUGUUCCGUAGAGAAGACCAACAGUAAGAAGCAGAUAGCGUUGGACCUGGUGUGUCCUGCUGUCCAGGAAAUCAUCAGACAGUAUAUUCCCUCCAAAAUCCCUCUACAGGAGUCGGAGGGGGUGGCAGAGGAAGUGGAGGAGGAAGACCAGUGCCGUUCGACCCCAGUAGAGUGCUCUGUGUGUUCAGUACUAGCAGACAACAACGUACUGCUGGAGCCGUGUGGUCACCGUGUAGCAUGUGAAGAGUGUAGCGCUCGCAUGAAGAAGUGCAUUCAGUGCGGCUCACAGAUCAACAGAAGACUGACUCAGGAUGGAAGGAUUAUUGCAUGCAAGAACCAUCAGCCUAGCGCCGAGCGACUGCGCUACCUGGAGAGCAAGAUAGCGGAGAUCGAGGAGGCGCAUUGCUGUUCAAUUUGCAUGGAGAGACGGCGCAACGUCGCGUUCCUGUGCGGCCACGGCGCCUGCGACAAGUGUUCACUGACCUUGCGCACCUGUCACAUGUGUCGCAAGACCAUCACCAAGAAAAUAAACCUCUACUGAUAGUGAUAUCCAUGUGUUCCUACAUCACGAUGUUCGUUCCUUCCAGACUUAAUCUUGUGAUUUGAGAUUAUUGUGUACAUCUGUAAAUAGUACUUGUAUUAAACUAAUCGAGCCAAAAAUGUAUUUUAAUAUGAAAUAACGGAGACGCGAGAUCGUUGAGUAUAACAGUUUUAUUUUUGUCUUAUUUAUUUCUAGGGAUUUGAUUUAAUUGUAAAUAGUAUAAACGACAACAGCUCAGUUUUAUUUUUUUAGUAUGUUUAUGAAACAUUUAGGCUACAAUAGUGGGAUUAUGUUAGUGAUAAAUUUAGUUUCGAAACUAGUAAUUUUGUGAAGUUUAAACUAUUUCACUAUUUUGCCAGUUUAGAUGCUUGUGUUGCAUUGUAUAUUUAGACAAAUACUUACAUUUUGCUUGUUAAUAGUAACUGAUUGUUUCACGUGUUAUACACUCUAUGGUUACCUCGAUGGUUCCAGCAAAGAGUGAAAUAUUAGGCAAUUGUCUAGUUAAAUCAGUAGCAAAUAUUUGUCUUGGGCUAAAUAAUUGACAAAUACAUAGUAUAAAAAAUUAGAUUUUUUUAUGUUAUUUGAUUUUAUCACAAAUCACAAUAUUAUAAACCUUUGAGCCUAGUAGAACCAUCUCAAUGGCAUUGUAUGACUUUAUAAAAAUGAUUAUUUCGCUCAUUGAUUUUAUGUAAUGGUGCUUAAAUCUGUUUCCUACUUUUGGUCAACAAAAUCUUUGUCAUAACUAUUUUUAUAUGCAUAUUUAUAUUUAGACAUUUUGGACAUUAUGUUUACUUUUACUAUAUCAUAGCUUGUAUUCAUUAGUUCAAUUUGCAAAUAUGCAUGGUUGACUGUAUUUUUUCUUGCCGUAUUUAGUAUUUUAAGAUAUAGUGUAUAUUUAUUAUAUAAAUUGAAUUCCCGUAUGUAUUGCGUAAUAAUGAUUUGAAAUUCACCGAAGAAUAAAAGAUUUAUGUUAUUUACCAAGGUUAUCAAAGGUUGUAAGUAAAAAAUAAUUUAUAGGAAGAGUAAUAUAAUAUAAUUAUAUUUUUUUUUACUCAGUUGUAUACAAUUAUUUUACUUUAAGAAUCCCUUGGAUUGCUUUAUAAAAGCUCCACCCUAAAAUUAAGGAAUUGAAUGGCAAGCGAAUGCAAUAGGUUUGAAUAUGUUUAUAUUUAUUAAGGUCAACAACUGAUAAAACUAUCUUAGGGUAAGAAAAGUGAUUAUAAAUAGAAUUAAAUAACAAUUUGUAUAAAUUAACAAACUAACACUAACGUGCAGGUACUUCAGUUUCACUUGCAAAGAUUCAGACAUUUAUCUUAACCCUGUAAAAAAAUAUAAAGCGUGAAAUUUAUGUCACAUUGACUGGUUUGAUACAACUUCAGUGCUUGAAAAUGGUCGUAGAUAAAUCCAAAAUGUCUACUGAAGUUUCUAGGCCCAAGGCUUUUAAUACCGUCCUCUUUAUAACUCUUCGUCAUUGUCUUCUUCUCAGAAACCCUCAGCACCACUCGCAGACACAUCCAGGUCUGGGAUGGGCUUAGAGGGGAUAGAAGACAGCUUAAUCUCGCAGGUGGAUACUAAGCUGUGCCUCAGUAGGUACUCUUUGGCUUUCCUCCAAACGCGUACAAGGGAAGCACAUUCUUAUCCACAGCUCUGUAGAUUCUACUGGUGAGAUGUCCGCACAGUGGACCUUCCACUGUGGCCAACACUGCCAACUUGAUCUUCCUUUUGUCCAUCGGCUGCAGACUUUAUUUGAUCUCUGACUGCAGAGUUUCUUCAUCACUUACAAUCUUAAAACACUUGGCGUUGUCAGUGACAGUCAGUCACAGCUUCUCACGGUGACGGCCCAUGUUCUUGAUGCAAAGUGUUUUGAACACCCCACACCAGCUGUUUGUGGCUACCUUCAGUUCCCCAACUGGAUUAGGAAGGCUGCUGCUGUUACCACGGGAGGUUGGAGAAGUGGCUCUAGAAAUGUGGGGAGUUGCCAGAAUGUUAUUUGAUUAGUGAGAGGUGCACCGAUCUUCUUGUAGCUAAGUUUGACUGCUUGUGCGGAGGGAAGACAGCUUGUAGAGUAAGUUCUCCACAUCUGAGUGGGUUUCUCAUUUCCGCCGUGUCAGCAUGUAUAACAAUAGUCUGGUUAGACUGGACGGUGGAAGUUGGAAGGAUGCACUUUGUAACCAAAUGCAGCAGUUGUUCUGAGCACCACUAGCUCAUUACCUCUGUUGUACAGAGAAAAGUCAGAGGGUUCCACCUUGGUGACUGGAGCUCCAUAAAAGAAGGGCUUGAGAGUUGCAACCAAAGUCACAGGUGCAACAGGUUUCAGUGACCAGAAGAAACCUUACUAUCCCCUCAACAAGAAUGAUUGUAUCUGGAGAUCCAAGAUGAUGAUAGGGCAAUGAUAGGAGGUGUCUCACUCAGCACAAGUUUUCUGACUAUCUGUCCUGGAUCCACUAUCUAUGUCAUUGUCUGCUUCUAUCUCCUUCCAAAAUUGAGCAAAACGUCCUCAUGAGUCACCUUAGUAACCGUUAAUCUUCAAGGGUACUGUGAUGCGGCCCUCAUUCUUCAUCAUGAUGGUAUGUUGAUAUUUACCAUCAUGUUGACAUUCAGGGAUUGGUAUUAUUUCACCUUUAUGUUGGGUCAACACUCAACAAAGACACCUUUGGUAUCUCAUCUACAAUUUCCCCAAAUAUGUUUCUGCAUUCUGUUGCUUGAGUCAGUGGAUUUUUUUGUUACUUCAAUUUUCAUUUUUAUCACACCUCCGAUUAAAGCUGCUACAUUUAUAGUUAGAAUCCGUCUUUGGCCAGGGUUGAGGAUCAGUUCAGGAAUAGAAAAAUGAACAUGAUUUGCCGAAUCCUUCCUAUGGUCAUCCACGUAACAUGCCUUGCUUAAACUAUACUCCGCCGGGUAAGAGAGUUCAUUGAAGACGUCAAAGUCCAUUGACUACGGAGUCAUCACAUACACAGGCAUCUUCAAAAUCAGUAAUGUUGCAGACAUGUCACCAGAUUCAUUCAUUGUGUCAAAGUUGGAGUAUUGAGUAUUGUCUCUUGUUGAAGAUCUAAGGUUCAACUCCUUGGCAGAAGCUAUUAUCCCCUUCAACCAUUGAUGAAAUUCUGUUUGGUUUUAAGGACUCAUUAGGUUUGCUCUGGGCCUUAGUCUGCGAAUCCAUAAGCUGAUCAAGCACCUCCUUAUGAUUGGCUCCAUUUUGUAACUUCUCCAGCAACUCCUUGAUGUAUGACAGUGACAGGCUGGGCACAGAAGUGUCUGCCUCGUCUCCGUGUAUGUUGGAGUAUUGCUCUACUGGAGAGUGUGGCAGCGCAUAGGUAUAUAAGUUUGCAAAAAAUUAACUAGUCUAUUCUUCACCAAUAUCUCAAAGCAAUAAUAAAAUACACAUUUUUGUAUGAAUAAACUGAUUAAACAUAACAGAUGCAUGUUGAAGAAGGAAUUGGUCAUUUGACAUUUCCCAAUGAAAUAUUAUAUUAGUUAAAAGCGGCAUCAUAUAAUUAAGCUGGCAUUCUGCUUCGUGUUUUUGUUUUCAAUCUAUAUUCACCUCAGUGCAGAGAAAAUUAAAUAUAGCUUUUCCUUGCUUUUAAGUACCUGAUAACUGAUUUCUUGCUUGGGGAAUGGACAGCAAUUUUCCACACAUGAUGAGAAAACUGCAGUCUAAAUCAAAGUAAAGCAAUACACAACACUGUUAAUACUAUUAAUAACAACUGAUUACCAAAAUGUUAAUCUUAAUAAAUUAAAUGAGUGGUUUUUGUUCUAGUUGAAAUUGCAUGUUAAUUGUAUGUUAUGGACAAUUUCUACUGGGUAGUGAACAAUGUUGUAUUUAUUUAUACCAUAUACAUAUAUAUAAUAUUGAUAUACUGUAAUAUUUUAAGGUUGUAAACCUAAAUAGUCCCAUCUUUUAAGAAUUGUGAUAUUAAAACAUUGAAAUUUG